AUGAGCUCAGAGCCGGCGUCGGCUUUCCGAUCUCCCGUCAUUACAUCAUCGACGUCCGCCAAACCGGCUCAUCCGAUCAUCGCUCAUCCUAAACCUAUCAAGCCGUAUCCGCAUCCGGGAGCGCCAGAUUCGUUUGCACUAUACAGCUACUAUCUCAGCCAAAUGGGGCACGGUCUCGAUAUGCAGCAGUUUGCUCAGAUCGCGCAGCCUUCUGCUCUUCCAAGUCCACACUCGUUAGCUACAAGUGCAGUGUUUGCCGCUAACCCCGUCGCUGCUAUCACGGCAAAUAAUCAAACGCAGUGGGAUCCAGAAACAACCAGACCAGUUCAAAGGGAACCGUGCAGCCCUGAUUCACCGCAAAGCGCCGACACGUCAUGCUCGCGUGCACCGCAGCCCAGCACGUCGCCGAAAGACCGAAUAGCGAUGGCUACUACUGCACCGAUCAGCACCAGCAUCAACAGCACAGCGACGACGAGGACGAGUGCGCCAGAUCGUGGCUCCAACAAGUUCUCAUGGCUGAGCCAUUACAACGUCGAGACGAACGCUGCCGUUGCCAGUGCUGCGGCGCCGCUUCCGAGCUCCACGCUUAGCAGUCCAUCGUUGACUUCAGUACACUCCAAUGGCUCAGAAGCAACGCACACGUGGAAUGGACGAGCGGGUGGACACCGUCCUGGUGAAUUUACGUCCGCGUUUAUGGUCGAUUAUCUGGAUGAUGAUCCGCUGUUGUGCGCAAUUUGCUCCGACAAAUCAUCCGGACUACAUUACGGCAUCUAUACGUGCGAAGGGUGCAAAGGGUUUUUCAAACGGACAGUGCAGAAUAAGCGUGUGUACACAUGUGUCAGCGGCACCGGCAGCUGUCCGAUGACCAAGGAACAGCGGAAUCGGUGUCAGUUUUGUCGAUUUCAAAAAUGCCUGCAGCAGGGCAUGGUCCUUGAAGCGGUUCGUGAAGACCGGAUGCCUGGCGGCCGCAACGGAAGCGCGAUUUACAAUCUGUACAAACUGAAGUACAAGAAGACGAGGCGUCUGCAGGCGCUCUGCGAAAGCAUUCUCCGAGAAAACGCAGCACACGGUGCAGCGUCGCUAGCUGCUGCCCCUUACGGUAGCAGCUCAAGACUUACACCGUCAGGGCGCAGUAUGUCUGGAAGUACACCACCGUCAGGAAGUCCACCGUCCGGUACACCAGCUCCUGAAUUACGUUCCAGCAUCGAGCCACUCAACUUGUCGGCCAAAGAGAGUGUUAUCAAAGGCGAGACGAUGCCGGGAAGCGGUUGGUGCAGCAGCAGCAGCAGCACUGUCAGUCGACUUACUCCUUCCACGCGAUCUCUUCUCCCUCCACAAAACAAAAAUUUAAUACAGGAACUGAUAGAAAUAGACCACAUAGAAAGGCUGAUCAAUUUAAAAGGAUUACGAAUAGUGCACAGACUGGAGUCAUGCAGUAAUGAUGCGACAACCCCUGCUUGCCAAAGGUUAUCUCGAAUCGGCGACGAAAUCGUGGAACAGCUUGUGGAAUGGGCCAAAAUGCUGCCAUUUUACCAUGAAUUACCCGUCGAAGUGCAUACACAUCUGUUAACACAGCGAUGGGCUGAGCUGGUUGAUUACUUUUAUGAGUUUCUGCAUUUAUGCACUUGAAA